AAUUUUUGCUCGCUAUACAUGGAAACAUUCUCCCCGAAUGUUGGUGAUGAGGAGAAAUGUGCAUUUUCAAUAUUUUCUGAAGUGGCAAAUGAUAAUGAUCAAGAAUGUAUGAAUGAUGGGAGUGAUGAAAGCACCGCUAACACGAUUGCUUGCGAACGAGUACUAGGAAAAACUAAAAGACUAGGACUUGGUUGCUCAAGUUCAAAGAAAGGGGCGAGGUCCAACUUAUCUUCUGUUGCUAGAGAUGAAGAAAUAGCGGCUUUGAAAGAAGACAAUCAGACUUUAAAGGACGAGAUGAAUCAAAUGCAGAGUACUAUGAAAGCCAUGGUCGAAUAUUUUAGGGCUCAAGGUGUCGAGUUCCAUCCCCAGAAUCCACCCGGCGACGACAACUAGUUUCCUCUACAACAUUGGUUUUGGGUACUUUUAUUUCAUGUUUGGAUGAUUUGAGUUGUUAU